AUGCAGACACCUAAUUCACCGUUAUUUCCUCCUCAACAAUUAACCUUAUCACCAUCAGGAGCUACAUUUUCAUCAGUUCAACUACCUAAUUCAUCUCAAGUUCCGGAUGAUAUACCUACAUACCUUCCUCAACUUCCUGAUAAACCUUUAGCACUGACGGGAGGAAUUCAAGUAUAUAUUAUUCCUGCUGAAAAGAAUCUUUAUGUUCAAGGAUUUGAAGCUCAUGAAUAUGCUGAAAGACCUCCAACUAUUUUAAGAGGUUGUUUAUAUUUAAGAAUUACAAAAUCUAGUAAAAUUAAAUCUAUUACUUUAACUUUUAAAGGUACUCAAAGAACUGAUUGGCCAGAAGGUAUUCCACCAAAAAAGACUCAAUUUGCUGAAUCAACCGAUAUAAUAAAUCAUACUUGGCCAUUUUUACAACCAGGAUCAAUAUUUCCAAAUAAUGGAGCUGAUGUAUUUCAAGAAUUAUCAAAUAAUUCUAUUGAUCAUGAUAUAAGUCAUUUAUCACUUGGAGAAUCUCGUUCAAGAGGUUUAUCACCGGCUCCAACCAUGUCAGAUUUAACAGUAGUACCAACAAAUGGUACAAAUCCUGGAGGAAAUUUUUUAACUCGAAGUUUAUCACCAGCAACUAAUUUUAUGAGAAGAGCUACUUCACCAUCAGUUUCUUCAAUGGAUGGUCCACCUGAUUUAUCAUCAAUAAUAUCUCCCUCUAAUAAUUCUGAAGAUUCAACAAAACCAGCAACUUUUCAACCUGGUGAUUAUAUUUAUAAUUUUGAACAACCAUUACAAGCAUCAAUACCUGAAACUUGUAGUGUAACUUUUGGUACCGUAAGUUAUCAUUUAGAAGCUUCAAUAGUUAGACCAGGGACUUUUAAAUCAAAUUUAAUUGCUAGAAUGCCAAUUCAAAUUAUUAGAACUCCUGCUGAACAAAAUUUAGAAGAACAUGAAUCAAUUGUUAUAACCAGAGAUUGGGAAGAUCAAUUAAAAUAUGAUAUUGUUAUUGGAUCUAAAUCCAUUGUAUUAGAUUCUUAUUUACCAUUAGCUUUCAGAUUUGUACCAUUAUUUGGUAAAGUAUCAUUACAUCGUAUAAGAGUUUAUUUAACUGAAAAUUUAGAAUAUUUUUGUAAAAAUAAAAAAGUUCAUCGACUUGAACCAGUUCGAAAAUAUCUUUUAUUAGAACAUAAAGCAGAAAAGGGGAAAUCUUUAUUAAAUGAUAAUUCAGAUAAGGGAGAAGAUGAAUUUAUUGAUAUGUUACCAAAAGAAUUAGAAUUUCAAGUUUAUGUACCAAAAAUUGUUAAUGAUAGAACUAAUAAUGAAAUUCAUCCUGAUACAUCUUAUGAAAAUAUUCAAUCUCAUCAUUGGAUUAAAAUUUGUUUAAGAAUUUCUCGAUUAGAUCCUGAAAAUCCUGAUAAAAGAAAACAUUAUGAAAUUUCAAUUGAUUCUCCUUUACAUGUUUUAAGUCCAUUAGCUGCUCAUGGUAAUACAUCUUUACCAGCUUAUGAUGAUUUUAUUGCCAGAAAUAAAGAUAAUACAAUUAAUUAUAAUUUAUCACCUCCAACAUCUCCUGGAGUAAUUCCAAUUGAUAAUACUUCAAAUGCUUUUAGAAAUGCUUCAUUAAAUAAUUCAAAUAAUUUCUUAACAGUAUUAAAUCAAAGUCCAUCAAAUAAUGGUGGAAAUUCUCUUGAUGAAAUUAUGGAACGUCGUCCAAGAUCAGCUCUGGCUCUGCCAGCUCCAUUUACAAGAUUAAAUAAUCAUUCUUAUGAUGAAUCUCCUAUUGUUGAUGAAGCAGAUAUGCAUUUAGAAGCAAACCUUUAUAAACCUAAAGUAAUUAAUCAACUUCAUUCUCCUCAAGCAUUUCCUCAUCCAGGAACUUUUACAUCUCCACUUAAUUCACCAGUUCAACGUCCUAUACAUAUUAUUAGACGUCCAUCAAUUAAUCCUCCACCAUUUGAUGCUGAUAUUGCUCCUCCACCAGCAGAAGAAAUUAUGCCUCCACCAGCUUAUGAAGCAGAAGAUCCUGCCCUUUCUUUAUCUCCAUUAAGAAUUGAUGAACCAAGUACAAAUUCGAAUUCAAAUUCAAGUUCAAAUUCAAAUUCAGAAAUGCAAAGAAAUCAAAGUAAUCAAAGUAAUAAUUCAAGUAUUCCAGCUGUAUCAAUGAUUGUUCCAACUAUUGGAUCUCUGGAAACUCCAGUUAAAAGUUUAUUACAACAACAAUUAAGAAAUAGUCGUCCAUCAUUAGAUAGUAGACAUUCAGGAAGUAGUAAAUCUAUUUCCAGUAAAAAACUGAUGGAUCUGGCUCUGAGUCAUAAAUCAAAUUCAACAGCUAAUACAACUUCAAAUAGUAAUUUACUUGUAGUUGCUGAUGAUGAUGAAGAACAAGAUAUAGUUGAUUAUCCUAGUUCACCUAUUAUUCCUCCAAGAACUUUAAGUCCAAGACGAGUAUUUCAUCUGGAAGAAGUUGAUGAAGAAUUUGAGAAUAAUGAAAAUCCAUCGAUUGUUGCUCUUAAUCAAUCGAAUAGUAUUAAUAAUCAACUUCCUACAUCUCGUCGUACAUCAGUUUCUUCUUAUACAUCAGUUAGUACUGAUAUUAUUCCAGUAGAACAAACUAUACCUUUAUUAAGUUUAUCAAAUGCAUCUAUGAUUUCUAAUUUAACUCAUUCUGAAGGUAAUAAUGGAAUUAGAAAUCAAUCAGUAUCUUCCUUAUUAAAUGAUGCUAAUUUUGUUCGUCGAGGAAGUCAAAUUACAGGAUUAUUAUCAACCAGAAUUAAUGAAUUUCUUGAAGGAGGAGAUUUAGGAGAAGAAAUGAAUAAAAUAAAUGGAAGUUUAUUAAAUUUAAGAAAUCCUCGAAUUAAGAAACAUUAUCAAGAUGAUAGUAGUUCAACCAAUCAAACCUUAUCUGAAGGUAUUGAAUCUGAAGAAGUUACUUUAAGAGAUGUUGAAUCAGAUGCUACAUCAGUUAGUGUAGGUACUGAACCUCGAGAAAGACAAAAAAGUUUUGGAGUUAUUCAUACUCCUGUUGGUCAUACAAGUGAAGGUGAAGAACAAGAUGAUGAUGAUGAUGAUGAUGAAUUAGAUGCAUUUGUUCAUACUCAUGCUCAUAAUCCUAAUGAAUCUCAAAGUAGUGCUAUAGUUCAUGAAUUACCUCCAGUAACAAAUACUAAUAAACCUACACGAGAUGAUGGAGUUCCUGGAUUUAAGUACAGUUAUGUAAUAUAG